AUGACAGAAAGCAGCAGCUUCCCCGGUGCCUCCCAAGUAUUGACGUUAUGCAAGAACAUUUUCUCCAGGAUUAUCAAAGCUUCAGAUAAUGUUCCUCAGCAUGUUGGUCUGAUCAUGGACGGAAAUCGGCGCUGGGCCAAACUUAAGCAUGUUGAAAUAAAAGAAGGUCACAAUGCUGGGUUUCAUAGCAUGAGCAGAGCUCUGGAACUUUGCUACGAAGCCGGCGUUAGCACUGCUACCGUUUUUGCCUUUUCUAUUGAAAACUUCAAAAGGAGUUCAGCGGAAGUGGACUCGUUGAUGAACUUAGCGAGAAGUGGAAUAAAACAGGUUGUGCAAAAUGGAGAAAUGGCUCAAAAGUUUGGGAUCAAGAUCAAUGUUAUUGGUGAUAGAAAACUGCUUCCCGAUGAUGUGCUGCGAGAAGUCGAGGCGGCCGAGACGAUAACAAAAGACAACAAAAGAGCUGUACUGAACAUAUGUUUUCCCUAUACAGGGAGAGAUGAACUUUUACACAGCAUUAAAGAAGUUGUGCAGGCAACACAGCUUGGAGACCUGGCCAGCAGUGACAUCAACGAAGCUGCAAUUGACAGACAUCUUUACACUGGCGGGUCCCCCCCUGUCGACCUUUUAAUUCGAACAAGCGGAGUCACAAGAUUGAGUGACUUUUUAAUAUGGCAGGUGAGCCGAAGAGACGUUGUUAUUGAAUUUCUAGAUUGUUUAUGGCCGGACUUUGGGUCUAGACAAAUGGCAUGGAUCUUGCUCAAAUUUGCCUUCAGUAAGAGUUACGCAACUGGGGAAACCGAUCCGGAGGACUACGAUGUUGAAGCUAGAGGAUCACCACUCAAGAAGCAUGUCUGA